AAUCAAUGGGAAAAACAUAUUCACUCCUCAAAUACAGCUUUCCCAGCCACUUUGCAUCUAUUUAUUAGUUUUUGCCCUAUCAUCACCAGAUCAAGGAGGAGGGUUAAACAGUUUAAGAUGAGAAAAGUUGAUCUCUGUUUGAGCUCUGAAGGGACUGAAGUGAUUUUAGCUACAUCGAGUGAUGAAAAACACCCCCCUGAAAAUAUAAUUGAUGGGAACCCAGAAACAUUUUGGACCACUACAGGAAUGUUUCCCCAAGAGUUCAUUAUUUGUUUUCACAAACGUGUAAGAAUUGAAAGGCUUGUAAUCCAAAGUUGCUUUGUACGGACCUUGCAAAUUGAAAAGAGCACAUCUAAAGAGCCAGACAGUUUUGAGCAGUGGAUUGAAAGAGAUCUAGUACACACAGAGGGGCAGCUUCAAAAUGAAGAAAUUAUGGUAACGCUUUCCCAGGUGCAGGCAGCUCAGAGGGAUUUCUCUCCUCUGUAUUCCCUGAGCAUUUAGUCUUUACCUCAGCUCUAACCCAUCAUAUUCCACCUUGAAUUAUGGUAAUCACAGUGUACAUCUGGUAUCCCAUGAGGUUAAGGUUCUGGAAGACAAUAGCUGGACCUUGUCCACCUUUGCAUCACUCAGCACCCAGAAAAGAAGAAUCGAUGCUCAAUUGAUGUCUGAUGCAUUGAAUUGAAGAGAAUUGAAUUGGAACACUUGGGGUUUAUUUUAUAAUUCUGUAAAUUCCUCAGCUCCAGCUACUAUUAUUUGUUGAAAACUGGGAGGUUUCUGUGCACUUAUAGCCAUGAACUGGAAGACCAUCUGAGAAGUGAACUUAAGACUUAGGAAGGACAGUGCUCAGAGGUGCUUUGGUUCCACCAUUUUCACAGCUACUCACCUUUCAGUUUGCCUUCACAAACUCCUGCCAGUAUUGAACAGUUGCUUUGGCAAGUUGAAGAAUUGUUAUUGUGUCCCUACUGUUCUAUCUUCUUUCCACUCCUCACCCCUUAAAAGGGAGCCCGAGGAGGCAGUUAUGGAACAACAAUGAUGAUAAUAAUAAUAAUAAUUAAUAAUAAUAAUGGCCAAUGCUUCCAUGGAAUUGUAUUCAAACCAGGCACAGUUCUGAGUGCUUAACUCAUGAAUCCUCUCUAUGGGGUAGGCACUAUUGAUAUCCCAUUAUAGCUCAAGAUACCAAGUCACACAGCUAGCAGGGAGUAGAGCCAGGACUCUGACCCUGACGUUAGAGAUGGGGUUCGAAUCUCAGCUUGUUACUUACUAAUUUGAGACUCUCCACAAGUUACUUAAUGC